AUGGAUGUCGCCCCAGUAAACGCCCUGACGGGCAGGGCCGAGAUCAUCGUCGCAGCAGACGACAGCAACCUCUUGGACAGACUUUCACAUUCGGUCCUCGACGAUUUAAUCUACAAUGUCAUCUUCGACCUCUGCCUCGAGGUGCACCGCUCAGAAAAAAUAUCCCGCGCAAAUACCGCCGCCAUCAGAGUCGAGAAGCUGGCUGCCGACGCCGCAGACGCCUCCGAUACCGACCCGCGACCAGACGUCCGCACGGAGACCGACGCUGCCAUCUACGAGGACGGCAAGGUGUACCUGAAGGCGAAUCCGCUCCAGACCACCAAGGACAUCAUAUGCCCCCGUUGUCACCUCCCUCGGCUGCUGCACCCCACGGACGGCAGAGGCGCACAGAAGCCCGACCCCGGCGUCAUCUACUGUAAAAAGCACCCAUACAUCGACAAGCCUGGGUACGACAUUUACGGACAGACUUGGAUCGCGCCCGGUCCAGGCAGGGGCAAGAAGAAGAAGGACAUGGAGAAGAAGCUUGACGCAAGCGUAGACGGCACAGUGACGCCCACGCCCGACGGCCAGCGGCCUCCAAACGUGCUGUCGUUCCCCUCGGCAACAUGCAGCAAGUGCAAAAGGUGUAUACUGGUCACGCGCCUCAACAACCACAUGGGCGCGUGCAUAGGGAAUAGCGGGAGGAACGCCAGCCGCGUGGCCUCGCAAAAGAUCACAAACGGCAGCAACGGGAGCGUCAACAACGACGCCACCCCUCCCUCGAGCCAGAAGGGGACGCCGGUGAAUGGCUCGCGGGCGGGCAGCCCCAGGAAGAGAGAUGUGGACGAGUUCGAUGAGGACCAGGACUCAGACGUAGCCACCAGUAACCCCAAGAAGAAGGCCAAGAAGCUCAAGGGGCCGACGACCAAGAUACUGCUCAAGAACAAGCCCAAGAAGGACAAGGACAAGGUCAAGGGCAACUCGUUCCUGAGCCACGAGUCCAAGGUGGAUGACGACGAGGAAGAGGAGGACAAGAAAUCGACCGUCCAGGUUAUGUCCAAGAAGCCCUCGGCGAAGCAGUCCUCGCCUAACAAGAAGCUCAAGCUGGGCUCGGCAAAACCGUCACUGGGAUCGCCGAGACCGAAAAACGGCAGCCAGGCCGACAACGGCUACGAAUCAUCAGAUACACUCUCGGAACCCCCCCAUGCCUCCUAA